AUGUCAAGGUCACCACAACCAAGCAAUAGCAGUGGUGAUCAUGAGGAUUACAGAAUUGGAGAGAGAGUGGAUUCACCCACUCUCACUUCAUAUGCUUCUCAGUGCACAUCGACUACUCCCUGCAGUUUUGCUCCCAAUAGGGAGAUUUCCUCCAGUAGUGAUAGUGCUGCAAGUGCAAGAGUUGAAAACUCUUUGCCAAUGAGGAGUGCUUAUGUGUCAUCAUCAAACAUUAUCCAUACUGUUGAUAGCAAUGAAGAAGUUGUUAACUCAGCAUCUGUGCAUUCCACAUCUGGACAUGAAUCUCUGAUGACUUCUGGUGAUUCCUGUGAGAUAGUGCAGAUUCAAGAAUCUGUGGAAGACCUAACUAAUCAUCAUUCAGUAACAGAAUGGGGGGAAGGCAUAACUGAUCUUAGAAAGGAAAUUAGGAUCAGAGAAGAGAGAGAGAAUAGGAAGCAUCUUAGUGAAGCCAGAUCUAUCUCACGACACUUCAGGAGUCGUAUGUCCUUGGAAACCCAGGAAUACCCCUCACACUCAACAAAUAACCAUCCUGCUCACCAGACAAUGGAUGAUGAGGCCAAAGAUAUCAAGAAGGAGAGUUUCUUUGAGAUCUCAUCUGAUCUGUUGUAUUUGGAGAGAGUGGGUGAAGAGGAUGAAGUUGCUGUAUUUGCCAAGAAGGACAUAGACAAGAGAAUUCGAUUUGGUCCAUUGGAAGCUGGAGAUGAAUCUGCUUUAUCGUCUGCUAGGCCCGACCUCAUUUUGACUGUGGAAUUAGAUGGAGCUUCAUUCAUACCUGUUGAUACAGGUAGAAAUGAAGCUACUCGUUGGAUGGGCUUAGUGCGUCCAGCAAAAGCUCAUUCAGAACAGAAUCUCAUGGUCUAUCAGCAAGGAAAUAAUCUAUAUUAUAUUACAACUCGCUUGAUCCCAGAAGGAAGGGAACUGAAAGUUGGAUACUCUAUCCCAUAUGCACAUAGGCGAAGUUUACAUCUUCUGAAACCUUGUGGAGAGGAAGGUAUGAGACCCCCUCGUCUCCUGCCAAAAAAAGACAAAGUCGUUCACAGUUCUUCAAAUGUUUCAAAAUCAUCUGUGAUCAAAGUAGAAGUAGAGACAGUUAGACAAAGUCCAGAGGCAGCAUUUCAGGGGAAAUGUGCCAGUACUGGUGCUGGAAAUCACAUAGGAGACCGUUGCAAAACCUGCUAUAAGCGAUUUCCAACACCAGAGAGGCUUCAACAUCAUCUUAUCAUCCAUGAAUCAGACUUGCCUAAACCUUACAAAUGUGGCAUUUGCCACAAGAGAUUCCUCAAUCUCUCUGCAUUGAAUGUUCAUUCAAAGAUGCAUUUUGAGAGAUUUUUUCAGUGCCCAAUGUGUGACACCACACUGGGGCAUUUAACAGCAUUGAAGAAUCAUGUGAAGGAACACAGGCAUGAAGACAACCUUUUCCACUGUCCUUUCUGCCCAAGGACCUAUGAGGCCUACCAGUUGAUCCGCAAGCACAUACGAGGGAGGCAUUCUGGGAAGUGCUAUGUUUGUCCAUUGUGUGAGAAGAAAUUCCUGGGUUCUGACAAGCUCAAAAAUCACAUGUUGCGACAUUCAGACCUGAGGGAGUUUCUAUGUUCACUGUGUGGGAAGCAGUUCAAGAGGAAGGACAAGCUAAUGGAUCAUUUGAAGUCAGCACAUGACAAAAAAAAGGAAGAAAUGAAAGAGAGCCUGCAGCUGAGGCAGUUGCUAACCAAGAAAAAGCAGCCACUUCCUAAGGUAGGGGACCCAGGCUAUUCAGAGUUCAUAUAUAAGUGUGAGGAAUGUCGAAUGGGCUUCAAGAGACGAGGUAUGCUGGUUAAUCACAUGAAUUCACGUCACCCGGAGAAAGAACUUGAUUCCAUUCCUGAACUCUCAGCUCCAAUCCUUCGCACAACCAGGGAUUAUUUCUGCCCUCAUUGUGAUAAGGUUUACAAGAGCUCUUCCAAACGAAAGGCACACAUUAUGAAGAAGCAUCCUGGUCAUAGUGUGGAUGUGGAGGCAAUAGAUGGCAAAAGCAUGAGUGAACCAGCUGGGAAUGUGGCUCUCCUUCCUGCCAAAUGUGAAUUUUGUCCUCGACAAUAUGCAACAAAGGCAAAACUACUCCAACAUCAACGUAAACAUCAUCCCAGUCUCCUCAAUCAUAAUACUCAGAGUUCUAAAGAAGAACUGACUUCUUCAAAGUAUGAAAUGGAAACUUCUACUACUACUGUCAGUCAUCAUCUGUCAUCAACAAAUGAGCCCCCUCCUCCCUAUGAAGGAAUUCAUCAAAAGCUAGAGACUACCAAUAAUUCAAAUGAUACUUGCACUAGUACCAUCUCUCCUCUCCCUGCUCUCUUCAUCUCCAAUCAGGCAAUUUUGCCUGGAAACAGUGAAGUCACCCUUGUGACAUCUCAUCAGGGAAAUUUGAACACAGAGCAGAGAGAUGUCCUCACUCAAGCAAUGACAGAGUGGAACCCUAUGUUGACUCUUGACACUAAUCAUCUACCAGAGGGAGUCUUAUAUCGUGUUGUUGGAGUUCAUGUUGAGCCACCACAAGAACUUCCUGUGCUUAAGCUCGAAGUACUUCCUCCAUCAACGGGUCCUUCCUAGUUGUAUGAAGUGUUAUUCAAAAGACAGUGAUUAACUUGAUUGGUAUUACAAAAUGAAGAGGGACUUCAGCAAUCAAAUACUCAUCUAGAUAUGGGAUGAGCCUUUUGAAUAAUUUAUGUACCUAAGGAAUUCCCUGUGAUUGUGCUAUCAAAACUGGAAGGCAUGAAAAUGUCUAUAAUUGGCCUAUUUGAUAAUUAGGUCCCCUUAUUGACCCACCCAGAGGAGUGCAAGACAUGAUGCUAUAUUUCAUACAGAAGAGCAUAUGGUUCAUCCAACAUUUUGAUAUAUAUAUAUAUAUAUAUAUAUGCAAGUGCCAUCACUAGAAUUUUUUUUAUGAACUACAAUAUAUGGCUCCUCCAUGCAGGCACUAUAACUUUGACCAGAAAAGCUUUUUAUAACUCAAGUGCAUUUAAUUACAAGUUCAUGAAUAUGAUUUUAAAUUUUGAAGGCACACUGUCAGCAUUUCUACUUUCUUGCAACUAUGAGAGCAUGAAAAGGGUAGAGUUGUCCAUGUCUUUAAGGGUAGCGUGUUUGGCCUGGAAACCUCCAGUCUCCAUACUCUUAAAGCAGCCUGGAGACCAGAGGUUGCAAGUACAUACAAAGUUUGCUUGUGAAAAUAUAAAAUAUCAAUGGCAUCUUUACAAACUCCUAAUUAAAUCUACUCUCUAUGUUAAAAAAAAGCCUUUCUUGUCAAAGUUAAACCAGUGGACUCCUGGGGGUGGUUAAAUGUUGUGUACGGCCCUGUAUAUCUAAAGUUUUUAUUCUUUUUCACAUUCAUGAAUUAGCUUAUACUGUUUCUUAGUGAGCCCUGACACAUUUUGUAAUAUUUCUCCAGAGAUCAAUGCAUGUUGAUGACCAUGAUCUCCAUUUCCAGGGUAAUUUAUAAGUCUGGACCGAUUUUUCCCCCCCCCCCCCCC